UCUAAAGUGUAUGUCUUCCACUCCUAUGCCCGACCUAGCCAUGCAUCGCGGGAUUCAGAAGGCCGAACUGCUAGGAUGGCUGGCACAUAUUCGUUACUUGAAUGGUCUUUGCAGUGACCCUUUGUUGCAGGGCAUUAUGCUUUCUCGCUACGGUGGCAAGCUACAGGAACCUGUCUCAAUUACACAUGUCAUGUACAGUGUCGACUUUGACAUAGAUCUUUGUGUGCCCAAACUACCAGCCUUGGCGAGUUCUUACAGAGCCGCACGCUUGGGGAAGGGACACCCACUGCACGUGGCGAUCUGCUAUACGGCACUGUGCCGAGCAGUGCAGAUUCCUGCCCGACUGAUUCGUGGCUUCGAGCUCGCGAAGCCCGGCGUCGACUUGACACGUCGUUGGUGUCGUCUUGGGCCAAAAGCCCGGAAGCUUUGCCACAAUUUCACCAAAGGAGGUAUGGAGCAACAGGCGGCUUUGGAUUUGGCAAGCGAAAGUGAGAAGAGUGGAGAUUGUGACCUCGAAGAGGAUGUGAUGAGGUCUUUCAUGUCCGUUUGGGUAGAGUGCUUUGACAAAAGCCUGGGUUUGUGGGUUUCAGUGGAUCCUUUUGGUCCCAUUGCUACAACACAACCGGCUGACUUGUGGUUGCAUCCAGCACGCCACUGGAUGUGUGCGGCUGAUGACCACUUAAGAGGAGGAGACUAUUGUGAGCUUCUAGAUGUAGCUGACAGAUACUGGCCACAAAAUGAUGAGUACCGAAGAGCACGGGCGGACACAGUCAGCUGGGAUCACAAAAGUGUUUGGUGGAAUACUUCUCUCAAAAGGUCUUCUGGAGAGAUCCAUGAGCUUGGCCAAAAAGCCCUUCCCCAAGCGGCGGAAAAUAAAAAGGCUUCCCCGAAGCAGAUGAAAGCAGCUGCCCAGGUCCGAAAGUGGCUAUGCCCCAAAGCGAGGAAGAGCAAAGCAGAACGGCAAGGCCUCACUGGCUUCUCCAGCCUGGAGCCCUUUGAGGCCAACCUGCGGAACUUGCAGAACUUUCUUCAGAAACGAGGAGUGCUUCCGUGGCUCAAGAGUGAUGACCAUAGCGAGCGCGUGCUGGGGCGCUUUGUGGACAAUCUUCGAAUCGUCAAGAAGAAAGGCAAACUUUCAGCUGAAAAUCUUCAACAAUUGAACUCGUGGUGUCCGCUUUGGAAGGACUUUCCAGCCAUGUUGCAUUCUUCAUUGAAAUGUCCACUGGGUCUGACUGGAGGCUUCUUCUGUUUGACUUAACUGGGCACUAAGACUUUGGAGAAGCGGUCCCGCCUGUGGUGCCUUUGGCAGACAUACCGGAGGAUCCGGAGCCUCGAGGUCCAGUCGGGCAGGCUUGCACCGUGCAGCUCUCGCAUGUCCGCGCGACUCUCGAACUGGCACGGUGCAGGAGUUCCAGCGAGCGCCGUAGUUUGCUGAGGAGGAUGCAGGUGGAGUUUCACCCAGACAAGAACGUUGAUAGUGCGAAUGUGCGACCGAUGUUCGACUUUGUGCAGUCUAUGUGGGAGAAGGAGUUUGGGAAGAACAUGACAAAUAUGACAAAAUCCAGCGGCGCGGCUGUUUCAUGAACGACACGGAGCUGAUGUGGUGGGGGUGGCAACAUUGUCACAAGUUAGUUUGAUUCAAUGCAACCUCAUCCGCUUUACACGGGUGCCUUCUUGCGCAUUGUGAGAUGUCCAAAGCGGCUGAUUUCGUUCCUGUUGACCAGAGGGCCUCUGGAAGGUGAAGAAGGUGUCAGGUUGGUCGAUCUACAUGGUUCUUCCCAGAAUCUGCUUGUUGUUGACGCGAAAAUGGAUGUGCCCCCCUCAUAUUUAUGAACCUUUGCCUGAGAUCGGACCUUUGUAAGACAGAGAAUGCCACCUUGCC